AAAUUGAAGGAAAUCAUGAAAAGAAUUUUGUAUUUGGGAAAUACAUUAAAUCAAGGAACUGCUAGAGGUUCUGCAGUUGGUUUCAAGUUGGACAGCCUAUUGAAACUCACUGAUACACGAGCUUCUAACAGCAAGAUGACUUUAAUGCAUUAUCUCUGCAAGGUUCUUGCCUCUAAGUCACCAGACCUUUUAGAUUUUCAUGUGGAUCUUGUUAGUCUUGAGUCUGCAACGAAGAUACAAUUGAAGUCUUUAGCAGUAGAAAUGCAAGCCAUUUUGAAGGGACUCGAAAAGGUUAAACAAGAACUAGGUGCGUCUGCAAAUGAUGGCCCUGUGUCUGAAGUUUUCCAUAAGACGUUAAAUGAGUUCAUAAGCUUUGUUGAGUCAAAAGUGACGUUUGGUAGAAAUGCUGAUGCAUUAGCUCUAUAUUUCGGUGAAGAUCCUGCUUGUUGCCCUUUUGAACAAGGAGGACUGGUUGUCAUGCAUAGGGAUCUCAAGGCAGAAAAUUUCUUGCUUUCUACCGAGGAUGAAAAUGCAAUGUUGAAAGCAACGGAUUUCGGGUUAUUCGUGUUCAUCGAAGAAGUUAUUGUUUGUUGGCAUAAUAGUGCAUGGAUGCUCUUAUUAAGUUUGUGGAGAUCCACCCAUACUACAGCUGGAGUUGUUGCCCAGUUUUUUGGUAAACUGGGUUGCCCAACGGGUAACACUUUGACACUUGACUAA